ACCCGCCAAUUGUAGCGCACAGUGCGGCGCGCGGAGCGAGUUCGGUGGCGCGCUGCUUUCCGGCACCUUGAGGAGACAGCGAGCCUUUGCGAAGGCUCCGCGCGGGAGGUGGCUGAGCGUCUAGAGAUGCCUGGCGGCGGUACCUCGUGUACCCGGAAGAGAAAAAGAAAUUGGGACAUAGAAUACCCAUCCUUACCUGGAGGGAGUCCACUGAAGUUCAGAAGAGCAGGUCUCAGGACAGUGGGGGCAACUGACUCUCUCUCUGAAGCAUGGCUCAGGUGUGGAGAAGGAUUUCAGGACACUUCUGGGACCCUGUUGUUAACGGCUGAAAAGAAGAUUGUUACAGAGAAGCACCUUGAAUUAUCCCUGAGACCCAAGAAAGAAACUGCUGCAUCUAAGAGUACCAGUGGACUUACAGAUAUAACAUGGAGUUCUAGUGGAAGUGAUGUGUCAGAUGAGGAUAAAACGCUUUUUAAAUCACAAAGAGAUAAUGGACAUAGUUCUAGGAUAGACAGAUUUUCUAAUAGGAACAAGAAUAUUUUAUGUACAGAAGAUGGGGCCAGUGAAGAUGAACUACAGUUUAUUGACUGGGAGAUUGACAGUGACAGGGAAGAUACUAGUGAGUAUAAUGAAUUUGAAGACUGUGAGAGUGUUGUGGAAAUAUCAGACUGUGCUUCUUGUUCAAGCAAUCAUUCUUCGACUAGUGAAGAGGGGUUCUCUGAGCUCUUGAAGAGAAGUUCUACAGAAAUUUUGGAAUAUUCAUCAGACAGUGAAAAGGAAGAUGACUCAGAGAAUGCCUUGUUCAUUGAUUCAGAAUCCUCUCCCAAAAACCACAUGGAUUUUGGAACUGAUGUUAGAGAGGUGAUGGAGAGACCAAUAAGGCGGAAGGUGAAAUCUGCAGAGACCAUUUUGUACACGCCCCAGAAGCAGACGUUUCCCAGGACUCCAGGACCAUCAGCAAAGAUGAAGCUUCUAAGAGGCGGGCUAGCAGAAAGACUAAAUGGACUGCAAAAUCGGGAGAGAUCUGCCAUUUCUUUAUGGAGACAUCAAUGUGUUUCUUACCAAAAGACACUUUCAGGUAGAAAGUCUGGCAUAUUAGUUGUGAAAAUUCUAGAGCUGCAUGAGGAAUGCACCAUCCAAGUUGCUAUGUGUGAGCAGUUAGCAGGGAUGCAAGCCGACAGCUCUUCUCUAGGUCAGGCCCCCAGGACUGGACUGAAGGUGCUGUUCACCAAGGAGACUGCUUGCCAUCUCAGGGGACAUCCCCAAGACAUCAUCCAUAUUUACCCUCCCUGGCAAAAGCUUGUUAUCCCAAAUGGAAGUUGCCCUGUUAUUCUGAAUACUUAUUUUUGUCAGAAAAUUGUCACCAAAGAAGAUUCAAAAAUAAUACGUGAAGUGCACUGUUGGGACACACCCCUUCCAAGAAGAAGUGUCACUUUGGCCCAGGUGUUUAUAUUUACGAAUCUAACAAUUAAAUCUCCCGAAGGCCAGGUUAUGUGUAGUGAUCUCACUACCAUGAGGACAGAAUGCACCCGUGGACAUGAGGAAACCAAGCAAUGCUUCCCAGCUCAAGCUCCCCUGAGGGACUCUCUUCUGGAUGCAGUGGAAAGCCAGGGAGCUGCCCCAUGGUCAGGAGUCAAGGUCCGAGUGGUGGUACAAAGAGUUUACUCUCUUCCCUGCAGGUAUCAGCAGGGAGGUGGCUCAGCUGUUCCACCGGGCCCAGACCCAUCCAGAGCUCGAGUCUGCCUUCUCGUGCAAGAUGCCUAUGGAAUGUUCAGUGAAGUAUACGCUGAGGGCGCCAUCUUGAAAGACCAGCAGUUGGAAGGGAAAUCCUGCAGCCUGAUGGGAAUGAAGGUUCUACAGAAGGCCACCAGAGGAAGGACAGCAGGGCUUUUCAGCUUGAUUGACACCAUGUGGCCUCCAGCCAUGCCUCUGAAAGCACCUGGCCGUGGCCAAGACCACGAAGAGGUAGAAACUCGUGUGCCUCCUCCUAGCUUCUGUUACAUCCUCUCUGCUCAUCCAAGUGUGGGACAGAUUGAUGUCAUAGAAGAAGACCGCAUUUCUAAGCUUUACCAACCUCCAGUUACCCGCUUCUUAAGAGAAAUUCUUCAGACCGAUGACCACAGUACACGUUGCAGUUUCUAUGCCAGAGUGAUUUAUCAAAGAUCACAGCAAAGGGAGAUUUGGCUGAUGGUGACUGAUGUCACCCUGCAGAUGCAGGAUGAGAAUAACUCUGGCCUCCCCAAAACUGUACCAGUCUGUGUGGCCCCCUCAUGUGUGCUGAGCCAGGAAGUCAUGGAAGCGCUCGCCGAGGCUACCCCUCACAGCUUCCUCUUCAGGGACACUCUCCGAGCCCAGGGUCGGAUGGUUUGUGUUGAACGAAGUGUCCUUUUGCUUCAAAAGCCCCUUCUGGGUAUGGCCUCCAGUGCUCCCUCCUGUGAACUGAACAGCCCUGUGAAGCUCAAGGAACUGGAUGCCGUCACCCAGGUCAACUCCAUUUGUAGCGUUCAAGGCACUGUGGUUGGUGUGGAUGAGAGCACGGCCUUCUCAUGGCCCGCCUGUGACCUGUGUGGCAACGAGAGACUGGAGCAGAGCCCGGGAGACAGAGGCGCCUUUUCCUGUGGGGACUGCUCCCGCGUGGUCACCUCUCCUCUUCUCAGAAGGCACUUGCAGGUGUUCCUGGACUGCCCUUCUCGCCCCCAGUGCACAGUGAGGGUCAAGCUGUCCCAGGCCAGUAUUUCCUCGCUCCUGAGGUUCGCCGCCUGCGAAGAUGGGAGUUAUGAAGUGAAGAGUGUCCUCGGAAAGGAGGUGGGGCUGUUGAAUUGUUUUGUCCGGUCCGUAACCACCCACCCGGCUAGCUGCGUUGGAUUGGAGGAAAUUGAGCUCCUGACUGCAGGAAGAGCCUCUUCCCGACACUGCCCGUCGCCACGGGAGCUGUGAACUUUGUGAUGCAGCGGAGGUGGUGGUGGUUGGGGUAGUUAUUUGUUAACUACGGGCACAGUGAGUGUACUGUAUGAUCUUGAAAUGGAACUUAGAUUUUUCUAGGGCAAAUGUUAGCAGGGUAAUUUUGUAAACUGUACCUCAAAAUGCUUUUUUCUACAGUUAUAUUUUACGACCUUUGUGCAAAUUCAGGAACAUGUUACAUUAAAACUUAACUAAGCUUGAGGCCUUCAUUUUGUACUUCAUCUUAGGCAGUAUUAAAACAGCAAGAAAAAAAUUCUGCUCACUUGUAAUUUUUAAGUGUUUAAAACUGUUACUCCUAAAGUAUAGAUAAGUCACCUGCUGUGAUUCUCGCUAUACCCAUAGGCCUGUUUAAUCAUGCUGGGUACUGGGCACAGAGAGCCGAGAUUACAGACUCAAGAGGAGUGAUUGGUUAUUGUUGGCUUUGUUGGCAGAGAUUUAAAUUAACACGAAAUGAUAAAUAAAUUGUCUUUAGACAAUAAA